AUGCCAAAAGAUAAUCUGCUGUUUAAGCUUGAUAAUUUGGAGUAUCAAUUUCACUAUCUCAAUGGCGAUUUAGAUAGUUUCCGCCCACGUCUGGGUAGUACAACCAAACUAUACAGCGCAAAGGGAAAGAAGACCUCUAAAAGAGUGGCAAAAUUACUCAGCGAGUUGGAGCCUGCAAGGAUUACUGAGCAGCUGAACGCUUUGCGUUUGGAGAUUUUCAAUAAUAAGGUGUAUCAUUUGGAAAAAAAUCUACGAUCCAUAUUGUUGAAGCAGAUUAACCAAUAUAAGCCAAAGAAAAGUGCCAAAACUGAUUUCACACAAGUAAUUGAAAAUUUAGAAGCUAAGUAUGGCUUGGAAAAGUUUGUCGAAUUAGUCUGCAAAUCAAAGAUCAUCAAGCUUGCUAUUGCAAAGAUUCUUCCUUCAAAAAAUGCAGUACCGCCCAAGUGGUUUGAAAAUCAUGAGUUUUGGGCUGUACAUAACGAUAAGGCACAUGAGUUUAAUCCCAGCAGAAUAUGGACCGAAGUACUAUUGCAGAACAAGAAAUCUGACCAAUUGGUUAGUACUUUGAUGAACAAUGAAAAAUCUAAACAGUUGCUCUCGUCCUUUGACAGUGGUAUGAAUGUCUUUUUGGGGAUUAAGAAAGAGGCAAAGAGCAAAACCUUUAACGAAGAAUCACAAGAUGAUGAACGUAUUGAAUCUAAGCAGGAUUCGAAAUCCAAGGUGCCCUCAAAGGAAAGUCCAGACGCGACUGACGAAGGGGAAGUUCCGGAACUUGAUGACGAUGUGCUCAAACAGUAUGACAAUCUGCUAGCCGAUUCAGAAGAAGAAAAUGAAGAAAGUGAAGCGCCAACAUUGGAUCCAAACGUCAAUUAUAAUGAAGUAACCGAUGAAGAGCCUGAUCAGGAAAGCGGCGAAGAUGAGGAACUCGAGAGUGAUGAAGAUAGUGAACUAUAUUCUAAGACGCACAAGACUAAACUUCCCGAACUGAUGGCAGGAUAUUACAGCGGUGGGGACUCGAGUGAUGAAAGCGAUGUGGGUGACGAUAAAGUUGCCAGAGAACAGCUCUCACUCAAGGAGAAGAAGAAGAAUAGACGUGGUCAACGAGCAAGAAGGAAAAUUUGGGAAAAGAAAUACGGCAGAGAAGCAAAGCAUGUUCAAAGAGAAGUUGAGAAAGAACAUGAGGACAGAAAGAGGCGACAGACUGAGUACGAAGAAAGAGUUGCAAAGCGUGCAGCCAAAUCUGCCGCUAGGGAAGUGGAAGAAGCGACCAGAAUUGAUCAGAGAUUCAUCAAGCCAGUAGAGAAGAAAGCACCUCAGGCUGAGCAUCCUUCAUGGGUUGCCAAGAAGGAAGCCGAAGAGAAGCAAAAGAAUGCCAAAUUCCAAGGUAAGAAGAUAACAUUUGAUUAG